AUGGACAAUUUCUUCGCCCUUUUCCGACGAUACCUUAAUGACAAGGCCAAGGGCAACGCCGUAGACUGGGAUCGCAUUGCCCCUCCCGCUCAGGGUCAGGUCGUCGAUUACGAGGAUCUGGCCAACACCGAGUCUGUCCAGUUCCUCAACAAGCUGGCUGUUCUCAAGCUCAAUGGCGGUCUGGGAACCUCCAUGGGCUGCGUCGGCCCCAAGUCCGUUAUUGAAGUCCGUGACGGCAUGUCCUUCCUCGAUCUUUCCGUCCGACAGAUUGAGUACCUGAACCGUACCUACGACGUUAACGUCCCUUUCAUUCUCAUGAACUCCUUCAACACAAAUGACGACACUGCCGCCAUCAUCAAGAAGUACGAGGGCCACAACGUCGAUAUCCUUACCUUCAACCAGUCUCGAUACCCCAGAGUGUACAAGGACUCUCUCCUCCCCGUCCCCAAGCAUAACGACUCUCCCAUCAACGAGUGGUACCCCCCCGGCCACGGUGACGUUUUCGAGUCUCUUUACAACUCUGGUAUUCUCGACAAGCUUCUCGAGCGAGGCAUCGAGAUCAUCUUCCUUUCCAACGUCGACAACCUGGGCGCCGUCGUCGACCUUCGCAUCCUCCAGCACAUGAUGGAGACAAACGCUGAGUACAUCAUGGAGCUCACCAACAAGACCAAGGCCGACGUCAAGGGUGGUACAAUCAUCGACUACGAGGGCUCAGUCCGUCUCCUCGAAAUUGCCCAGGUACCCAAGGAGCAUGUCAACGAGUUCAAGUCCAUCAAGAAGUUCAAGUACUUCAACACCAACAACAUUUGGCUCAACCUCAAGGCCAUCAAGCGUGUGGUAGAGAACGACGAACUCGAGAUGGAGAUUAUCCCCAAUGGCAAGACCAUUCCUGGUGACAAGAAGGGCGAGUCCGAUAUUUCUAUCGUCCAGCUGGAGACCGCUGUCGGUGCGGCUAUCCGUCAUUUCAACAACGCUCACGGUGUCAACGUUCCCCGUCGACGAUUCUUGCCCGUCAAGACCUGUUCCGACUUGAUGCUCGUCAAGUCUGACCUCUACACAUUGAAGCACGGCCAGCUUCAAAUGAGCGCCGCUCGCUUCGGUGACGCGCCCCUGAUCAAGCUUGGUGGUGACUUCAAGAAGGUCUCAGACUUCCAGAAGCGAAUCCCCUCCAUUCCUAAGGUGCUGGAGCUGGAUCACCUCACCAUCACCGGUGCCGUCAAUCUUGGCCGCGGCGUAACGCUCAAGGGCACUGUUAUCAUCGUCGCGACAGAGGGCAGUACCAUCGACAUCCCCCCUGGAUCGAUCCUUGAGAACGUGGUUGUCCAGGGUAGCUUGCGCCUACUCGAACAUUAA